AUGAUUUUUGAGGUUUGCUUUUUGGAAUCCUCACCUGGUAUAGAUAUUACGUUUCUAGUUUUGCACGGACACCUGGAUGUUGAGUUGAAUGAUGUUGGGAGACAGCAGGCAAUUGCAGUGGCUGAUCGGCUUGCAGAGAAAAGGGAAAUCUCAGCUGUUUUCAUAUCUGAUUUGAAGCGAGCUCGUGAUACUGCUCACGUUAUAGAAAGCAGAUGCAAUCGUAUUGAAGAUCCAGAGAUACGAGAAAGACAUCUAGGAGAUCUUCAAGGUUUUUCUAUGCGUGAGGCAGCUAAACUUAAGGUCGAUGCUAAUAAAGCAUCUUUAUCAUCAAGGGCAGAUCAAGAGAUCCCAGGUGGUGGUGAAAGUUUUGAUCAACUUUUUCACCGUUGCACAUCCUCAUUGCAGAAAAUCGGAAGGAAGCAUAAAGGACAAAGAUUGGCAGAGUUCACUCAUGGUGGAGUCUCAAAAGCAUUUCACAAGCGCGCUGCUCCAACAGCGGAAUUGCCAAGCAAGAUUCAGAAUGCAUCUAUAAGCAUAUUUGAAAUAGCUGAUGAGGAAGGGUGGACCAUCAAAGCCUGGGGUGAAGUUGGCCAUCUAAGCAAUACUGGGUUUCUUGAGACUGCAUUUGGAGGAGACGGAAAUUCUGGCUAGCUAACCCGCUUUCGGUGCUUAAUAGCUAGAUUGCCUUGAUACGUCCAUGGGCUUUCCUCUGUACCGUAACUAAUCAUACUACCAGCAGUCUGUUAUAUAAUUUCAGCGGUGAAAGUUAAACUAGGUGGGAAUUGACUGGUAAUUACGAG